AAAGAGAAGAACUUCUAACGAAGAGCCAUUCGGUGUUAGGACUGUUACUGAUCUAAAUAUGUUGAUUUUGUAUCUUUUUGUGUCGUAUGGCGCGAUUUUGCCACUUGCAGUAUCCCGAAUGACACGCGAGUGCUUGCAUACCGCAACCGUCCCACAUUGUGGAACAAAUGGGAGAGUUAGAGCAGCAGCAUAUGAUCUGCAGGUUUCGUUGCAUUUACAGCCGAGGCUCGACACUUUUGAAGAGGUGAAUAGUAUCAUAGACAGAAAGAUUGGUGCCCCUCUUUUCCCUCACACUACCGAGCUUUCAGUACCGUAGAAAUGUUGAGAGCUGGGAGAUCGGGCAGGCGGCGACUUUUCCCCCGAUGCCCGACGAUCGAAGCGCUCACGACCUUGAGCCGAUGGUUCUUGGUUCCUACGAUACAAGUGGGGCUUUUCAUAAGCUGUGGGCAGCUGAACCAAUGGUCGAGUCCUUGGUGACAAGGAGUUUAGCAGCACACGACUCGUAGUGGCACUCGGGCAAUUGGCACAUAUGUAUCUAUUCCAAUAGAGGCUGGUAACCUGCGCUGAACCAGUGCCCGGCCUGCUGGCUCAGCGCACCCGAUAAUGACCAUCAUCCAUA